ACACUGAUUUAUCUUAUCAAUCCUCUAUUAAAAGACUUUAAAACUAAAACGAAAUGAAAUAUGGAAGGGGACUUUUUAUCAGAGAAUUAUAUAAAAUACAAAAACAUGGGAUUGUCGAAAGGACAAGAUUUUUGUAAUAGUUAAAAAAGAUAUUAUUACACAACUGCUUCAAAGAGUGAACACUACAGAAAGGAGUUGUUACGGGAAAAUAUAGGCAUUAUUUGUUGUAAAAUAACCAGAAACUCUUAAACAGACAGGUGCACUUUAAAGGGUGUUAAAUUGUGCAAUAUUUAGACUUAUCGUGUGCACUUCUUGAUAUCAUGUUUAUCAGUUGGAAGACUUUCAUUUCAAAUUGAGUGACAAUAAGUGAUAUAAAUAAUUUUCAAACUGUUCAGUCACAUCGACUGUUCGAGGUGUACAUGUGGAAUUCGUAAAUGGCACCGCAGAUCUCUAAAGUGGAAAGACAGCGGAUAAUUGCACUAAGACGAAGUGGGUGUAGAGUCAAAGAAAUAUGUGCCCAAACUGGAAUAACGCGUAAAACCGUCUACUUCUGGAUCCGACGCUGGGAGGAAGAGGGCACGCUCGAGGCCAACCACCGGCAGCACUACGAGCGGGUCACUACAGAGGAGGAGGACGCCGCCAUCGUCGCCGCGCACAACGCCGACCCGCGGCUCAGCACGCGAGUCUCCUCCGCCACCUACAAGGCGAGUGUGCGCACUAGGCGAGCCAGCAGCGUGGCGCACCAGGCGAGCCACCGGCGGCACUACGAGCGGGUCACUACAGAGGAGGAGGACGCCGCCAUCGUCGCCGCGCACGCCGCCGACCCGCGGCUCAGCACGCGAGUCUCCUCCGCCACCUACAAGGCGAGUGUGCGCACUAGGCGAGCCAGCAGCGUGGCGCACCAGGCGAGCCACCGGCGGCACUACGAGCGGGUCACUACAGAGGAGGGCUCAGCACGCGAGUCUCCUCCGCCACCUACAAGGCGAGUGUGCGCACUAGGCGAGCCAGCAGCGUGGCGCACCAGGCGAGCCACCGGCGGCACUACGAGCGGGUCACUACAGAGGAGGGCUCAGCACGCGAGUCUCCUCCGCCACCUACAAGGCGAGUGUGCGCACUAGGCGAGCCAGCAGCGUGGCGCACCAGGCGAGCCACCGGCGGCACUACGAGCGGGUCACUACAGAGGAGGGCUC